AUGGGGGCCCAGAUCUGCUCUCCGGCUGAUGCCGAGGCUCCCCGAGAGGCGCUCCGCUUCCACGCCCAGGCGGUGGGCGCACAGGUGCGCCUGGAUGCUGAGCGGAGCACCGCGGUCAGGCGCGCCACGUUCCACGACGGCGUCGUGUUCAGCCAGCGGCCGGUGCGGCCGGGAGAGCGCGUGGCGCUGCGCUUGCUGUGGCACGAGCCCGGCUGGCUGGGCGGCCUCCGCGUGGGCUUCACGCGCCUGGACCCCGCCCGGGUGCCCGCCGCCAGCCUGCCGCCCUUCGUGUGCCCGGACCUGGAGCAGCGGAGUCAGACCUGGGCGGCCAUGCUUCCCGACGGCUGCGCCCUCCCGGGGGACGUGGUGCGCUUCUGGGUGAGCCGCCAGGGCCAGAUCCUCGCCCGGGUCAACUCGGGGCCCCGGCGGCUGCUGCGCGAGGGCGUGCUCCUGGGCGCCCCGCUCUGGGCCGUGAUGGACGUGUACGGGACCACCAAGGCCAUCCAGCUGCUGGAUCUUACAGCCAAUGACUUUCCCACAACCAUGCCAAAGGACCUCAGUGAUGAGGCUCUGCCCGGGCCCAAAGCCUCAGCAGGAGAAGAAUGUGCCAUCUGCUUCCACCAGGUCGCCAACACCUGCCUUGUCCCCUGCGGCCACACACACUUCUGCAGCUUCUGUGCCUGGAGGGUCUUCAGGGACACGGCCAGAUGCCCCGUGUGUCGCUGGGAGAUCGAGGAGGUGGCCCCGGCUGGGGAUCCUCUUGUCCUGGGUGCUGGAGAGGGCCUCCUGGUAUAG